ACUCCCAGCCGCGGGCUGGGCUGGGCUGGGCCGGGCCGGGCCGGGGCCAGGGCGGGCCAGGCGCCACCUGCCCCUUCCCUUCUCGGCGCGGCUCCCCGCCCGCCACACUCCACCCACCCGCGGCUACUUUUCCCCCUCUCGGCGGGCCGCCUCCAUUUCCCCCGGCGGGAGGCCCGAGGAGGUGACCCCGGUUGAGACGGCGGCCAUGUCGAGGGGCGCCACCGCGGCGGGGCGGCUGCUGGUGCUGCUGAUCUGUUUGAAUUAUGGAAAUGGACUCUACGUGAAGGUUUAUAAUCGAAAUGGCAGGAGUGGUGUGCUGGCUCACCCCAACAGCCUGUUCAGGCAGAAGCGAGAAUGGACGGUCCCUCCAGCUUUCAUUCGGGAAGAGGAGGAUAAUUCCUAUAAGAAUCCAAUCGCUAGAAUACAUUCUGAUCUUGAAGCUGCAGGGGUAGUGGUAACUUAUACUAUAUCUGGUCAAGGAGUAACAGAACCCCCUUAUGGAUUAUUUGUUAUCAAUGGAAGGACUGGAGACCUGAACAUAACAGGAAGGGUUGACAGAGAAAAGACUCCAAUGCUACUUCUCAGAGGUCAUGCACUAGAUAAGUCUGGAGCAAAAGUGGAAGAACCAAUAGACCUCCCAAUUAAAAUUGUGGAUAUAAAUGACAAUUCUCCGGUGUUUUCACAUGAAGUUUUUGUUGGUUCAAUUGAAGAAUUAAGUGAAACAGGUACAAUUGUAAUGAGGAUAAAUGCAACAGAUGCAGAUGAGCCAAAUAACCUAAAUUCCAAAAUUGCUUUCAGGAUCGUUUCCCAGAGCCCUAGUGCUGCAUUCAGUAUGGAUAAGGAUACUGGCGAGGUUCGAGUAGCAAAAAUAAACCUUGACAGAGAGACACAAAGUAGUUAUUCAUUGGUGGUGGAAGCAAAAGACCGUGAUGGUGAAUUAGGUGGGAAUGCUGCAACAUGUUCUUUAGAAAUCAAGAUUUUGGAUGUCAAUGACAAUCUGCCGGUGGUUGAAAGCAGUUCAUUUGAAGGAAGCAUUGAAGAAAACAGAGCAAAUGUGGAAAUUCUGCGAAUAAAAGUGUUUGACAAAGAUGAACAGUUUUCUGAUAACUGGCUGGCAAACUUUUCAUUUGUUUCUGGUAAUGAAGAUGGGUUUUUUCGUAUAGUAACAGAUAACCAAACAAAUGAAGGCAUUUUGACUCUUGUGAAGGAACUGGAUUAUGAACAAAUGCAAAGCCUAAACUUGGGUAUUGUUGUUACAAACAAAGCAGAGUUCCACAAGUCAAUUAAAUACAGUUAUAAAGCACAAACAAUUCCAAUCAAAAUUAAAGUGAUUAAUGUGCGGGAAGGUCCUGUAUUCCCCGGAGGCACAAAAAUUAUUGAAGCAAGUGAGAAACUGCAGAUAAAACAGGUUAUUGGACAGUAUCAAGCCUAUGAUGAAGACACUGGAAAAACAGCAGAGCGCAUUAAAUACGUGAAAGGAAGAGACCCAGCAAACUGGAUCACAAUAGACUCAGUCACAGGUGAAAUCCGACUUGCCAAAAACCUCGAUUACGAAUCGGCUCACGUAGUAAACGGUACCUACACUAUCACCAUGUUGGGCGUAACUACUGAUUUUCCUAAGAAAACGGUCACUGGCACAGUCGUUAUUCAAGUUAAAGAUGAGAAUGAUAACUGCCCAGUUAUUGUGAACCCUGUGCAGACUGUGUGUUCAGAUGCAAAAUUAGUUGAUAUUACAGCCAAUGAUCUGGAUGGUUACCCAAACAGUGAUCCCUUCAGCUUUACUGUUAUUGAUGAGCCAGAAGGAACAGCGAAAAAAUGGAUGAUUGCAUCCAGAAAUGGCACCAGUGUACAGCUGGUACCACAAAACCUGAAGCUGGGCAGAACUGAAGUUCCCAUCCUAAUAAAGGAUUACCAAGGGUUCAGCUGUGCUCAGCCACAGUCUCUGCAACUGACUGUUUGUAAGUGUGCGGAUGACGGUGUAUGCAGAGAGAAAAUUACCGGCGCUAACUCAGUGGGUCUGGGACCAGGAGCAGUUGCACUGAUCAUCUUGGCAUUUUUACUUUUGCUGCUUCUUCCGCUGUUACUGCUGCUGUGUCCGUGCGGCUCAGGAGCGAAGGGAUUUGCUGCGAUACCAGACUACAGCGAAGCGAUGUUGCGUCAGUGGAACAGCGAAGGGGCAGCUCCCGAGGAGAAGGCACUGCUAAGCCUCAUCCCAUCCACUGCAAUCGGGAACUUGAGAGGAGCAGCCAGUGGAGCAGGAGCAGCAGCAGCAGGAGCGGCAACAGCAGCAGCAGCAGCAGCAGGAAUGAGUGGAGAGGAAACUGCGGCAGGAGGAGGCAGCUCGGCCUCUCACGUAGGAGAGCAUCGCAACACGAUUAUCAGGGAAAGGUGGGAAGAGCAAAGACAUCUCCUUUCUGGUGCUGAAUAUGGAGCCAUGGCAGCUGGAGUGGCUGGAGGCAUGGCGGGUGUAGAAGGCAAGACAGUGGUGGCUGGAGGAGGAGUCGCAGUGGGAGCAGCAGGAGCCAUGAAUGAAGAGUUUUUAAGAGACUACUUCAAUGAUAAAGCUGUCUCUUUUGCGGGUGAAGAUGAAGCCCAAGCUGCAAACGACUGUCUCCUGGUUUAUUCCCAGGGAGAGUCAGGCUCUCCCCACGGCUCCAUCGGCUGCUGCAGCUUUAUUGAGGGUGAUCUUGACGACCACUUUCUUGAUGAUUUAGGAGACAAAUUUAAGACUCUAGCAGAAAUAUGCAUAGGGAGACACAUCAGCAUGAAAGACAGUAGCUCCAGAAAUGAAUUGGGUUUUGGUCUUAAUGAAGCAAAGUCGCGGUUCUUAGAUGAGCAAAAUGUUUCCAGCUCGGAACAAGCCUUUGCCUCGGGCAGCUGCUUCCAGCCCACCUCAACGGUGCACGUGGGUGGUGGCGCAGGAGAAGCCACUAUGUCCAAGGAGGUGAUCACGGAAACAACCUUUGCAUCCCACUCUGGGCAGCGUGACACCCAGCACCUUCCCACAGCCCGUGCAGAGACUAAUUUCACCAUGACAGAAACAUCUUACUCAGCGGGGGCUCCUGCCUGCUCGACAGCUGUCUUUCUAGACCCCCAGUUUAAGGAGAACAUAGUGGUGACAGAGAGAGUGCUGGCACCUGCGUCAAGCUUGCAGGGGAUGGUGGAAGUCCCCGAUUUGCCACACAGAAGUAACGUGGUGGUUACGGAGAGGAUGGUGAAGUCGGAGGGCACUGGAGCAGGAGCCCUGAUGGUUCAGGAUCUCCCCGACUCCCAGUACGUCGUGGUGAGGGAGCGGGAGAGAGUGCUUGUGCCUGCUGCAGAGCAGGGCUCUCUCAGCUCCCCCACUUUGGCAGAGGGGCACAACGUGGUGGUGAACGAAAGGGUGGUGACAGCCUCGGGGAUGCAGAGCAGAGCCGAACAGGCAGUGAGUGCCGGCUCGAGAAGGCAAGAGCAUGUGUUGAUCGCAGACUCCGUGCUUAACCAGGCAGGCUCCAUCUUAGAGGGGCCGCCUCCUGCCAGCACCACACUGAGCAAGUCUUCCAGGGUCACCAAGUACAGCACGGUGCAGUACACUUGCUCAUAGCCUGGCUCCUUGCAGGGGUGACUGUGUCUGGCACCCUUGUGUCUGCAUGUGUCUCGCCUCGGGCUUGUUCUUGAGACAUGAAUUUGCUGGAGCUUUCAGAAUGACAUGGACUCGCUUGUGGUAGUUUUUAUAAAUAUGUAUUGUGACCACGGAGUGAGUAAGGAAGUCUGCUGCAGUUCUUACAUAACAUUGGCAGCGAUGCUUUUGAAGUGGAAAGCUGUGGGAAAUACAUUCAUUUUUGUUCCUUGUUUGCUGUUUUUGUAAUUGCUUUUUAUUAUUCAGUUAGUGUAAUAAUACCACAUAAGCACAGCUGCAUAAUUAUGGAAAAGCAGAAAAAAAAAUAUUAAAAUGUAGUGAUGGAUAGUAGCAUACAAAGCACAAGUUCAGUUUUCUGAAGAGCUGCUCAGUGUGUCUGCUGAAGUCCCCCAUAAGGGGCAUCAGUUUCUCAUGGCAUGUUUGCCAUCUAUUAUUUGUGGGCCAGGGCAACUCCUCUGAGCUGCAGAUCUCUGCACCUUGGUGAAUUGAUAAGAAAUCUCCUGUCUGAGAAGCCCAAGCCACCAGAGCCAGUACAUCCUCAGGGCAGCAGUGUGUUGAUCUCCUGGAGGGAUGUCACAAUUUCGGGUUAUCAGUGUUUGUACCUUAAGCAAUCGAUACUUGCACGUUAGCACAGGGGUUAAAGAGAGCAAGUAGCAAAAAAGCUGAGGACCGCAAUUUUGUUUGGUACCUUGAUGUAAAAAUUCCAUUACUUGGUGUGGGUCUAGGCUGACAUGACCAAGUAAGCAUUUGCAUCAUAUAGAUUUUUCACUGGCUCCUCAUUGGUCCUUUAAUAAUAUAUGAGAAACAAGCGAAACUCACCUUAGCUGUAGAGCCAGAGAUUCAGUCAGUGGCUUUGCUAGCGAGGUUUAUGGCCCUUAGACAUUUGUAAGAUCUGAUUUACAAGUGCAGUUAACUCAGUGAUUUCAGUUGUGUCUGUGAACUCACAGAUACAAGCACAGAAAAGCAGCCUGGGGUGUGUGUGAGGUUCUGCAGGCUGCAGUACCAGAGCCUGGGUGGGCUGUGUGCUGCCCUAUAAUGGCAGCUUUCCUUAGCUCUUAACAAGACAAGAGAAAGCUACCUGUACUUGAGCAACACUUAAAAUUACUUUUCUUUCCAUGAAAUUUAUGUGGUAAUAGCAGAAGACAGUACUGCACUGUUUGGCACCAUGUAGAUACGCAUAUGUAAAUAUUUAUUUGUAUGCAGUUUGAAAUAUUUUAAAGUUAAUUUUAUAGAGUAAAAACUGCCAUGCACUCCUCUUUUUUUUCAGGGUAGAAGGACGUAUUUUAGACGAGGUAUCGGUACUGUAUUUUUUAGCAAGCUGGUUACAAGUGAAUGCAAAGCCAAUGCACCUGCGGAGCUUUCUGGUUGUCUCCAUCUCUCUUGGAGUUUUCCUGCAGCUGCAAUGUUACAUUUUUCCACUGAUAACGUUUUGCCUUUGACUAGACAUGUUUUCAGUGUAUUUGAUUUGAGUCAUAAGGAUGUAAAAGUUGAUUCAAAAACAUAAAGAAAAAGUAGGUGCUAUGGCUAUGCUCAGUAGGGUGCAUCUUGACAGAUGGGUCCUUACAUUGAGUGGAGGAGUACUACCAAGCAAAUCAAACUACUCACUUGCUUGGACCUGUUGGUUAUUUCUCUCUUAAACUUCAUUUUUAAAGUACAUGUAUUUACUUUUAAGCAAGCAUGCAGUUUUAAGUGGCGACCACUUUUUCAUGCAGUAAGAGGGAGUGAACUUAUUUCUGACCUUUUAAUGGAGUAUUUCUGUUGUUUUAUGCAAUCUUAA